AUGGCCGCGCAGACGGCGGUGGACCUGGGCUGCGAUGCGGCCGCGGGGCGACGCCGAUCGUGCCGGAAGAUAUGCGCCCGAUUUCGCUCGGGCCGAUUGCGCGCCAGCAAGAUCAAGCGGGCCAGGCAGCGCGCGGCCUUGGGGCUGGCGGCCAAAGGGCUGCAGGGCCUAGCACCGUCGCGGCUGCAGGGGCCAGGGCGCCAGGCGGGCGCGACAGCUGGCGGGCAGGUUGGCGGCCGUCGCCUCACCGCGGUGUUGGUGGCCACCGUGGGCGAGGACCUUGGCAUCGGCUUGCGCCUGCAGCUGCUGGACUCUUUGCUGACGCUGCAGGAGACGGUGCCUGAGCUGCACGAGCGCAUCAAGCGGGCGCGGGGCCGAGUUCGGCAAGUGCUCGUUGCGGCUGGCAGCCGCCACUGGCGCAGGGCCCGUGGCCCGCUGGGCGCUGCCCAGGCGACGACGACGGACAUGGGCUGGGAGCCGACCAGCGCGGGCUACUGGAUUCGGUCCGGACACCAGGGCGACUGGAGCGUUCAAGCGACGCGCGCCAGCGGCGCGCCCUACACCGAGUGGCCUUUGGCGCAGGCGGGCGACGAGGCAUCCGGCUCCUUUGUGGAUCACAAGGUGCUGCUCCACGACGCGGAGGACGACAUGCAGCACCAGGCUUACCCAGAGGCUCUCGCAACGCCCCGCGCUGCGGAUGGGGCCCUGGCGGACCAGGAGCUCAACUUCGGGAUGGGGGCCCUGGGCGGCUCUCGGGCGGAGGGGCGGGUUACGGUCUUCGGGGACAAGUCGGGGGGGACGCACUCGGGAGGGCCCGAGGCAGCGGCGUUGCGGAGCAGCGGCAGCGACCAUGCAGUGGCGCACACGAAGCUGGCCCUGGCGCUCCAAAACGGGACCGAGGGCCGUGGCCUGGACUUCGACCGGUUGCCGCCCCAUGCAGAAUGCGACGGGGCGCUGCUCGGCACGGAGCGCGAGGCCUUCCUGGCAGCCGGCAACGCGAAUGCUGAUACUGGAGCGGAGAGGGCGGUGGAGUGGGCGUCGGAGGUCGGCACGGUGCAUGCGGCAGAGCAUGGUCUGUGCUACCCCGUGCCAGGUGCCAACGCAGCCAAGGCAGCGUCGGAAAGCACAGGCUGGUUCCUGGCCCAGGAAGAGGGGGCCGUCCAGCAGGCCGCCGCCGGCUGUGAGCUCAAAGCUGGCGGGGGCGCGUAUCCCGCGGGGUCGGCCACGGCCACCGCAGACGAGACCGCCUUGCGCGCGAUCGGAGUAUACGCUCUCGUUAAGGUGCGCAACGCUUGGCAGUACGGGUUCCCGGGCGGGGACUGUGCCGCCGCCUUCCGCAGACAUAUUCGCGCAGCGGUUGUAGGCGGAGCGCUGCCUAGCCCCGCCGGGGCCGGCCUGUUCUCUGCCUCCGCUUCCGGCUUCCCCUUCUCCGCCCACUUGGCCGUGGGCCAGGCGCUGCCCGACAUUUUGGGCGUCGGCUGCCCGCCGCCGCCGGGGUGCUGGCCGCCGCCGCCGGACCCGGCGGGCCCCUGGGCCUGCGGCGCGGGCGCCCCCCCGUGGCUGCUGGCGCAGGGGCCGGCCGGAGGCGCGCUGCAGCCGCCGCAGCAGCUCCUGCUGCAGAACGGGUGGCCGCCUGGGAUCGCAACAGUACCGAACCCGUCAUCGGUUGCCAGGUCGCCCGGGAGGCGCCACAGGCGCGACGAGUGCUGCGGGCUCCCCCGCAGGCAGGGCGCCGGCCGCGGCGGCCAGGAGGAGAAGGAAGCGGCCCCCCCCGCCGCCGCGGGGGGCCCGUGGCUCCUCCCACUGCCAGCCGCGCCGCCGCCCAGGCCGCCGCCGCCAGGGUUCUACACCUCGCAGCGGCUGCUGCUGGAGCAAAGGCUGGCCACAGCGCCCCAGGCACCGCUGGACGAGUUCUUCUGGUCCAUGCGCAUGGCACAGCAGGCAUCCUUGUCGCAGAGCGGCCGAGAUGCUGAAGGACGUCAAGGCGGCCGCGCUACUAGGGGGCGUCCGUGUUGCUAA